GUUCAUUGUGGUUCAGACGCUCCAACCCAAGGCCCUCUCUGGUUGUCUUUUUUCAUUUUGUCAUACGCGGAAAGCACUGACACUUAAGCAGCUAUGGAUGCCAUCAAGAAGAAGAUGCAGAUGCUCAAGCUCGACAAGGAGAAUGCCUUGGACAGAGCUGAGCAGGCUGAGUCUGAUAAGAAGGCGGCUGAGGACAGGAGCAAACAGCUCGAGGAUGACUUGGUGGCACUGCAGAAGAAGCUGAAAGCAACAGAAGAUGAGUUGGACAAAUAUUCCGAAGCCCUGAAAGAUGCUCAGGAAAAACUGGAGCUCGCUGAGAAGAAAGCCACAGACGCUGAGGGCGAUGUCGCCUCCUUGAACAGACGCAUCCAGCUGGUUGAGGAGGAGUUGGAUCGUGCCCAGGAGCGUCUGGCCACAGCGCUGACCAAGCUGGAGGAGGCCGAGAAGGCUGCUGAUGAGAGUGAGAGAGGCAUGAAGGUUAUUGAGAACAGGGCGAUGAAGGAUGAGGAGAAGAUGGAACUGCAAGAGAUCCAGCUGAAGGAGGCAAAACACAUCGCUGAGGAGGCUGACCGCAAAUAUGAGGAGGUGGCCCGUAAGCUUGUGAUCAUUGAGAGUGAUUUGGAACGUACAGAGGAGCGCGCUGAGCUGUCUGAGAGCAAAUGCUCUGAGCUUGAGGAGGAGUUGAAGACCGUGCAAAACAACCUGAAGUCUCUGGAGGCUCAAGCAGAAAAGUACUCACAGAAAGAGGAUAAGUACGAGGAGGAGAUCAAGGUUCUUACAGACAAGCUAAAGGAGGCUGAAACGCGUGCCGAGUUUGCUGAGAGAUCAGUCGCCAAACUUGAAAAGACCAUCGAUGACCUGGAGGACCACCUUUACAAGCAGCAUGAGAAAAACCGUCUUCUCACCAACGAGCUGCGAGUAGCCUUAAAUGAGGCAUGAGGCUUUACAAUGACCUUCUCACAAAUGUCCUCAUAUUUUAAUGCAAAGAGCAUACUCCACCAGCUCUGGUGCACAGCGCCAAUCGUAGACCUUUCAUUCGAAUUUUUUUUUUUUUUUUAACUGUAUCAUUAGGCAUGCUUCAAGUUACAUAAACAUUGAAUACAAUAUUUGCAAAUUCUAUCCAACCUUUAUUCAGGUCAAUACACUACAAAGCCAAAUGUUUUAUGGAUUUUUGUUCUUUUGGGAACAUUUAUUUUUUAAACAACAAUAUGCAAUUGUGAACAGAGGACACUUAUUGAAUCUUUGUAGGUGGUUUUAUUGCCCUUUCUUGAUGUACAAAUUAAGUUACUGAAGACCCUGGCUCUCUGCUGUUGUGUAUUUUGCUUCAUAAUGCACCAUACAUUUCCUUGCAUUGGCAUUUUCAUCCUGAAAUAAAAAGGGGCAUCCCUGAAAAGAUGUUGCUUGGAUGGCAUAGUUUCUUUUCAAAACCAUUUAUGCUUUGUCCUACACAGAUGGGCGAGUUACCCAUAUGAUGGGCACCAUCUCCGACCCAAACAAUAACAGGUGCUAGCUUUUGUGAUAUUAGAACUAGAAUUUUGUUUACCAAAUAACUUGAAUAUCUCUGAUUAGGAUAGGCCUGAAGGAUAUUGGAAAAACUUAACAUUGCGAUAUACACUCACCGGCCACUUUAUUAGGUACACCUGUCCAACUGCUCGUUAACACUUAAUUUCUAAUCAGCCAAUCACAUGGUGGCAACUCAGUGCAUUUAGGCAUGUAGACAUGGUUUAAGACAAUCUGCUGCAGUUCAAACCGAGCAUCAGUAUGGGGAAGAAAGGUGAUUGAGUGACUUUGAACGUGGCAUGGUUGUUGGUGCCAGAAGGGCUGGUCUGAGUAUUUCAGAAACUGCUGAUCUAUUGGGAUUUUCAUGCACAACCAUCUCUAGGGUUUACAGAGAAUGGUCCGAAAAAGAAAAAUAUCCAGUGAGCGGCAGUUCUGUGGGCGGAAAUGCCUUGUUGAUGCCAGAGGUCAGAGGAGAAUGGCCAGACUGGUUUGAGCUGAUAAAAAGGCAACAGUGACUCAAAUAACCACCCGUUACAACCAAGGUAGGCAGAGGAGCAUCUCUUAACGCACAGUAUGUCGAACUUUGAGGCAGAUGGGCUACAGCAGCAGCAGACCACGCCGGGUGCCACUCCUUUCAGCUAAGAACAGGAAACUGAGGCUACAAUUUGCACAAGCUCAUCGAAAUUGGACAAUAGAAGAUUGGAAAAAUGUUGCCUGAUCUGAUGAGUCUCGAUUUCUGCUGCGACAUUCGGAUGGUAGGGUCAGAAUUUGGCGUCAACAACAUGAAAGCAUGGAUCCAUCCUGCCUUGUAUCAACGGUUCAGGCUGGUGGUGUAAUGGUGUGGGGAAUAUUUUCUUGGCACUCUUUGGGCCCCUUGGUACCAACUGAGCAUCGUUGGAACGCCACAGCCUGAGUAUUGUUGCUGACCAUGUCCAUCCCUUUAUGACCACAAUGUACCCAACUUCUGAUGGCUACUUUCAGCAGGAUAAUAUGCCAUGUCAUAAAGCUGGAAUCAUCACAGACUGGUUUCUUGAACAUGACAAUGAGUUCACUCUACUCAAUGGCCUCCAGUCACCAGAUCUCAAUCAAAUAGAGCAUCUUUGGGAUGUGGUGGAACGGAAGAUUUGCAUCAUGGAUGUGCAGCCGACAAAUCUGCACCAGCUGUGUGAUGCCAUGUCAAUAUGGACCAAACUCUCUAAGGAAUGCUUCCAGCACCUUGUUGAAUCUAUGCCACGAAGAAUUGAGGCAGUUGUGAAGGCAAAAGGGGGUCCAACCCGUUACUAGCAUGGUGUACCUAAUAAAGUGGCUGGUGAGUGUAUGUUACCAAGGCUCCACACUUUUUUGCGUUGGUUGCACUAGUAUGCCUACCUUUUUCUGAAGGUGCACUAGCACAAAAUGGUGUACCCACAUUUUUGAUUGCAUUACCUUUAACACCAUACUUUUAACCUCUUCAUAACAUUUUUAUAAUUCAUUCAUCUUCUGAACCGCUUAUCCUCAUGAGGGUCUGAUGGAUGCUGGAGCCUAUCACUGCUAAGUCAAGGCAGAAGGCGGGGUACACCGUGAAAUGGUUGCCAGUCGCAGGGCAUAUACACACAACCAUUCAAGCACACGCGCACACCGCUGGACAAUUUGGAGUGUUCCAUCAGCAUAUCAUGCACAUUUCUUUUAGGGUGUGGCAGGAACCUGGAGAAAACCCAUACACGCCACCUUCAUAAUGUGAAUUAUUUAUUUAAACAAGAAUAAUGUAGCUUGUCUUUAUUAAAUGCUUCAAUGAAUGAAUCCACUCAUAUUCACUCACGCUGCUGAGAACAGCCUCUCACUUACACAAUGAAUGAGUUGAUACAAUAAGCUGAACAACGACGAACACAUUUCUGCCUUUGAUCGAAGUCUUUUCUGACCAGAUCAAAGUAACAAACCUGUCAAUCAUUGUUAAAUUUAAGUACCAAAUGCCAGCUGCACUGGUGACCAAGAAAGUUUGGUCGCACUGCUUAGAUGGAGGGAGGGCGAGAGGCCGUGGCGAGCUACGAGCAUGAAGCAGAAAGAAAAAGUUUGCAUGUUCAGAAUUUUUUUUUUUUUUUUUUUUUUUUUAAAUAUCACACGUCAAAGCGAUGGGAGUAUUGUGUAUCCGCACAACGUGAAGACUACUCUGUUCAAACGACAUAGCAGGCCUACUCUAAAAAACAUUCUCACUUCAGAAAAGGAUUCACCGAUUGCCAUGCUUUGUGCUAAAAUGGGAACGGGCACUUCAGAGGCCAUUCAAAUUCAAGGUGGGGCCAGUGCCCUUGUGGCCCCACCCCUAAAACAGCCACUGGUUAUUGAUAUAGGUUUUGCUUUGCAUUGUCAUUUUUAGAUGCUAUUGUAGCUGUACCAACAAAAAUGCAUUGCUGUCUGAGAUUGGCUUUGUCUUUUCGUGUAAAUUUAUUCAUAUUCUCUAAGUCUUUUGAUAUUAUGCAUUGUAAAUGGUAAAAUUCCUAAAUUCCUUGAAAUUUCAUAUCGAAGAAUGUGUUUGGUUCACAAAGUCUAAAUCUGCACCUCAUCCUUGAGAUCAAAUCAGCCUUGUGGGCGUCCUGCCAUUAGACACUAUCCAUGUCUGUUGGAACCUGUUGCAGGCAUCAAAAUGAGAAACUAUUUCCAAAGAAAACUGUAGCGCUUAUCAUUUUGAACAUUAAAUAUCUUGUCUUUGUAGUGUAUUUGUUUUUACAAAUCAUUGUAUAUUUUUAAUUCACAUUUUACACAUCACAGCUCAUAUUGGAAUAGGGCUUUGUAGACCUGAAGGUCACACUGGAAAGUUAUCAAUGCAUCUGGAUUUUUUUCUUCAGCAUUCAUUAAAUCAAAUCUGUAAUUAGUACUUGGCAGAAAGCGAAGGAUGCCAAAAAUCUAGUCUCAACAUGUCAUUGCUUAAAAAAUACUAACGCUUGGUCUGUAUCCAUGUAAUCCCGAUUAGAGCUUCCUGUAUGUGUAUGCACUUUUGUUUGAAGAGCUCUUAAUGCUGCCAUGCUAUAUUAAUGUAAACAUGUGAGUGCUAAAGAGGACAUGAUUGUUAAGCAGAUGCUGAAUCAGACUCUAAUGGAGAUCAUUGACAUUUGAUCGCCAAUAUCGUGAUUGGCUCUGGCACAACAUGGCUGCAACACUUCUUGACCUCAUGAAGAUACAAGCUGCUUAAAUGCUCUGAAAUUGCACAAUUCACUGAAUCUUCAUUUGUUGAAAAAGAAAA